GAAGUACACAUACAUCUUCAACUUAGUUUAAUUCGACACACCAUAGUUUCUUUGAAAACAAUGGCAAUGAAAUUUAUUUUAGCAGCUGUUGCCUUGAUGGCAGGAGCACAAGCCGACCUGCAUACUAAUACAGUAACAGGAACAACACCACCACCAGUCCCAUGCCCUAACAGUCUAUGUGCCGGUAAAGCAGAUGGUAACCACUACUACGACCACCCUACAAUGGGCCAAAAAGACAACUAUUUCGUACAAUGUGUAUCCGGUUUAGCUUACUGUCAAGCAUGUUGGCCUUUGAGCUUGAAAUUCAAGAAAGAAUGUAAUCAAUGCUUGUACAGUAUGAAUGGUAAGCAUUACAUUCCAUUUUUUGUUUGAAACAUCCUCUUGACAAAACCAACAGCAUGAGACUAAUCACGUUUUUUAUAUUCAGAUGCUUGCCACACUACACAGACAUGGGCACCAGUACCAACAUACACCUGCCCUGAUGAGUGCCCAAGCAGAGGACCAAACUUCAAAGGAAACAUCAGAGAUCCUUCCCAACCAAAACAUUACGUUGCUUGCUGGAAUGGUGUUACUGUUGGAUGUGUCAACUGCCCAGCUGGUCUGGAAUUUAACGAGCAAUAUAACAAAUGUCUUUUCGAAGGAAAAUAUUUAACUCAACCUUUGUAGAAUACUCUACUACUAACUUAUGGACGUUUAGAAUUAACAUUGUAUUACGAGGGGUUUUAUAUAAAUUAUUUUAUUUAUCAGCAGGAGAUAACGUUUUAAUUAAAAAGUUGUACUUUUUUCUACGGCUUCACCUAGCUUCAAAUAUUCUUUGUUUCUGCUGAAGUGGCUAUUCAUAAAUGAUGCAACAAAAAUUUUGCCAUGCAUGUCAACCAUUCACAAUAAGAAGAGUCUAGGAAACCAUUGUUACAGAAUGAAAACAUGUUAAUACUAAGCAGGAAUUGCGAAAAAUCAUUAUAUGUUUGUUAAUAAAAGCUCUCUGGUCUUUAUUACUGUUAUCAGUCUACACACAUCUCAAAAGAGGUAGCCCGAUACACUUAAAAAAGCGAAUACACCUUUUAUAAUCUGGUUGUUACAAUCCUUUCAAAAAGAGUAAUCAUUUUUUAAAUAAGUUUAGCUUUGCUUACUUGUUAGUUAGCAACAUUAUCUCGUUCAAAUUACAGAACAUUAUUGGCAACAUAUAAGUUUUUCUUUCAAAUGAGACAUCGGAAAAUAUUAAUGAUUUCAAAGUUGGGUUGAUUACCUGACACAAAAUAAAUGCCAGAGUUGUUAUAGUAAUGGUUAUAUGCGUUUUGUAAACUCAUUCUUAAAUUUUGUUGAUGAAUUAAAAAAAAACAUUUCAACGAUGAGUUAGCAUUUGGUUGGCAUUUUGACAGAUAGCUUACGUGAUUUUUGCCAAGCAUUAACUUUUAAUUGUCAUGUUCUUCCUGCGGAAUGAUCAUAUCCGAUUAGUGGUAACAAUGUUUGACCAAUUGCUCCUUAACUUCUAAUUUAGGCAUUCUUCUUCUGUUUACUUCUUCCGGCCUUCUCUUGGAAGCAAACAGAGUUAAUCGAUGUAAAACUUAGUCAGCAAUUUUAAAAUAAUUAGAACAAUUAGAUAAUUUCAGGUGAUGACGAAAAGGAUUUUUAAGAAAAUUAAUUGUGGGUUUUAUAUCUUCGCUCAAGCAAAAACGGUUAUGUUUGCCAAUUGGUGAAAUUGUUUUUGAAAUUUUGCGUGUGCAAAUUUUCGUUAGUGUUUGCAAAUUAAAAACCUUUUUCUAUAAGGCACAAAGUUUAUUUGAAUUGAAAAAGUUAAAUUUUUUUGAUUCACCGUGCACCAUCAGGUUCAUCAUUCUCGACUUAACGUCCGUUUUCCAUGCUAGCAUGGGUUGGACGGGUAUAGUAAUGACAAUCCAAUCUGAUCUAGACUGUGUUAGAUCUAAACUCAUCUUCCUCUGUAUCAAGUCUGUCCUUAUAACCUCCUGCCAAAUCUUUCUCGGUCUGCCUCUGGGCUUUGCCCCAGGAACUAUCAAGUCUCUGCACUUUCUUACCCAAUUAUCCCCCUUCAUUCUUUCCA